CUGUGCAUCACAAUCAACAACAUUGAACAAGUGCGGCGGUCCCUAAAGCCUUUACCCACCCUGCUAGAUUUUAAUGAAAUUCAACAAGCUGUUGAACUUGCUAAAGAUGACCCCCACCCACCAAAGGAAGUCACAACGGGACUCUUAGGCAAAGCUUCUCUGCAAGGCCUGAUCAAACAGGCGGACGAGGAAAUGGUUGCCCAGAUUCGCCAGGUUGUGGACAGACUUGCAGAUAAGAUGCGACCUGACAUCAAGAAGGAUGUCUUCCAUUUAAACUGGGCUCCAGAAUCUUUGCCCGCAGAAGAGGCUGUUGGAGAUCUAUUGGAGUAUCUGGACAACAACUUGAAUGCACUCAACAGUCACCUCUUGAAAGCCAACUUUGAUCGAAUCUUGUCAUCCAUCUGGGUAGAAGUGCUAGAAGAAUUUAAAGAGGUACUAGACACCGAGGAAAUGCGUCCUCCAGUGUUCUACCAGCGUAUGUUUCAAGCUUUAAGUCUUCUAGUAGACUUCAUGUAUGCAAAUGGAAAUGGCCUAGAAAUGGAAGCCAUACUUAUCAAGCCUUUUGAG